AAAGGAUGCGUCAUGAGGACAUUUACUGGACAACUACAAAUCUGUAGAAUACAACAGUGUGCGAAAUAAUGAAUGACCUUCAGGGAAGUAGACUUUUUAGAGGAAGUUCUGUCAGAGCUCAUGUUCGCGCGCAACUCAAAUAAAUUGCGCCUCUAAGUAAGUUAAACUAUUAAAAAGACGUUUAAACAAAACAAAAACAAAAAUGCAUUUUUUAAAUCUAAAGUAAUAAUGCACUUUUUGUCGUUUUCACGCGCGAUAGGCUACUGAACGAAUCGCUCGAGCAGCUUCACUGUUGCUAUGGUUACUUUCACAGGCUGACGCGACUUCUUUUCGCGAGCUUUUAUUUAGCCCACAAAUGAGACAGUUACGGAAACGUUGUUAGGAAACGCUGCUGAAACAUAUAUGUAAAGGAACAUGUUUUGAAGACUUAGUUUGACUUCUUUUAUGGGGCUUGAAGCCGUAAUUAGGGAGUUACCCUCCGAAACCCCCAUAAUAAUUCGGGAUGUAUAAGUUCAAUUACAAAUGUUGGGCAGCCCUGAGCGCAGCACGAUGGGGAGUCGGUCCUGCCCGAGCUCUCUCUCAGAGGAGGUUCUAGACGCUCCAUGAUCUCUCAGCAUGCCUGGCUGGACGAACCGGUCCAACUGUUCCUUCAACUGCAGUUGGGAUGAUAACUCGACGUACUGGGGCUUCGAGCCCCCGGUCACCAUUUUCCCCAUCCCAGUGCUAACCGGGGUCACCGUCACCUGUGCCCUCUUCUUCUUUGUAGGUGUAACGGGGAACCUGAUGACCAUUUUGGUGGUGACCAAAUACAAGGAUAUGCGCACCACCACUAACCUGUACCUGUCCAGCAUGGCCUUUUCGGAUUUACUCAUUUUCCUCUGCAUGCCUCUGGACUUGUACAGACUCUGGAAGUACCGACCUUGGAAUUUUGGCAACAUACUUUGUAAACUCUUUCAGUUUGUGAGCGAGUGUUGCACAUACGCGACCAUCCUGAACAUCACCGCUCUCAGUGUGGAGAGAUACUUUGCUAUUUGUUUUCCUCUUAGGGCAAAGAUAGUCGUGACCAAGGGUCGCGUACGAGGGGUCAUUUUGGUCCUCUGGAUAGUAUCCUUCUUUAGUGCAGGACCUGUAUUUGUGCUCGUCGGGGUCGAGCAUGAAAAUGGGACAAACUCGUGGGAAACUAACGAAUGCAAAGCGACGGAAUAUGCCAUUAGGUCUGGGCUCUUGACCAUCAUGGUUUGGGUCUCCAGCGUCUUUUUCUUCUUGCCUGUGUUCUGCUUAACUGUUUUGUAUAGCCUCAUCGGGCGAAAGCUCUGGAAGAGAAAGAGGGAGACGAUUGGAGAAAACGCUUCGAGUCGCGAUAAAAGCAAUAGACAGACAGUGAAAAUGCUGGCUGUGGUGGUGUUUGCCUUCGUGCUCUGCUGGCUUCCCUUUCAUGUUGGACGCUACCUGAUCUCCAAAUCCACAGAGAUGGGCUCUCCCGUCAUGUCCGUCAUCAGCCAGUACUGUAAUCUCAUCUCCUUUGUACUCUUUUACCUUAGUGCAGCAAUCAACCCCAUCCUGUACAACAUCAUGUCCAAGAAGUACAGGAUGGCAGCUUGCAAACUUUUCGGACUGCGUAAUAACCCACGAAGAAGGACCUCAGUGGCCAAAGGAGAGAGUCCACCGUGCUGGACGGAAUCCACUGCCAGCGUGUGACACUCUUUGCCAUUAACAACAGCCAUUUCAGACCUCAUCUAAUGCUGCCAUCAUUUUAUAAGGUGAUAGUCUCUCGAUUAGACAAAAGAUUUAUAUGAAGGUCUCAUAAAUUUCCAGACACAUCAGGGAGUAUUUUAGAAAGAUGUUAACAGCCAUUUGUCUAUCCGAGCAAAACAUUUCAACCUUGAUGUUUUAUAAAAAAUAUAUAUGCUUGUAAAUAGAGAGAGAAAAUGAUCAAUUCAGUUGCCUUAAAUCUAAAUAAAAUCUGGAAGACAAAAUGAGCACUGUAGAUACAGCAGCAUCCUCAUGCGCCUGAUGACAGGGACUGCAGAGGUGAUACCGUUCAUUGGCCUCGUGCCUCAAUGCAUGUCAUGCUCUUUUAGCUAGUGUGUUCACUUUCUUCAUGUGCGUGUUUUUAGGCUCCGCACCCGCCCUGAAGCAAUACACAGAAUGCAAAGGUUCAUUAAAACAAAGGUAUAUAAAACAGUCAAAAUUGUACUGGUACAUUUAAGUACUAGAACACGUCAUAUAACUGACGUCUUGGGAUGUCUUUUGAC